GCAGUCAUCUGAAGGCUCUAUGGGAAGCUUGGUUAUUGGCAGGAGGUCUCAGUUCCUCAGAAUGUGGAUCUGUUCUCAUGACAUGGCAGCCACCUUCUAAGAUCCGAGACAGAGUGAGGCAGAAGCCACAAUGCUUUUUAUGACCUCAUCUUAGAAGUUACCCUCUAUCACAGUGGAACUGUUGAGCUCACAGAAAAACCAGACAGGCCUCAUCCCGGAGCACCACCGAGGGCAACAGGAAGCCGUGGAUCCUCAGUCUUCCACAAUGAACCCUGUUUAUAGCCCCGUGCAGCCUGGGGCUCCUUAUGGCAACCCUAAGAACAUGGCCUACACAGGUUACCCUACAGCCUACCCCGCAGCAGCCCCUGCCUACAACCCCAGUCUGUACCCCACCAAUAGCCCCAGUUAUGCUCCAGAGUUUCAGUUCCUGCAUUCAGCUUAUGCAACUCUGCUGAUGAAACAGGCCUGGCCACAGAACUCGUCUUCCUGUGGUACUGAAGGCACCUUCCACCUCCCAGUGGACACCGGGACCGAGAACCGAACUUACCAAGCAUCCUCUGCGGCUUUCAGAUAUACUGCAGGGACACCGUACAAGGUCCCACCGACCCAGAGUAAUACUGCUCCACCCCCCUACUCCCCAUCACCCAACCCCUAUCAGACGGCCAUGUAUCCAAUCAGAAGUGCCUACCCCCAGCAGAAUCUGUAUGCCCAGGGAGCCUACUACACACAGCCGGUGUAUGCUGCCCAGCCCCACGUCAUCCACCACACCACGGUUGUCCAGCCCAACAGCAUUCCCUCCGCCAUCUACCCAGCGCCUGUUGCUGCCCCCCGGACCAACGGUGUGGCCAUGGGCAUGGUGGCCGGCACCACCAUGGCAAUGUCAGCAGGUACCCUGCUGACUGCACCCCAGCACACCGCGAUUGGGGCACACCCUGUGUCCAUGCCAACAUACAGGGCCCAAGGGACCCCUGCGUACAGCUAUGUGCCCCCGCACUGGUAAAGCCUGCAGCCCAUCCAAAUCUGGAGUCACACAUUGUAUGCAACUACUCAAGUCUUACACAGGUGCUGGAGCAGUUCCCUAGCAGCACCACCUCUAUUUGCAAGAAGAGACAACGGAAGUGCAAGGGUCACUUUAUGCAUCUUUAACGGUUUUGGUUUUUAUUUUUGGUUUUUGUAAAAGCUGCUUUUUCUAAUCUCCUGCCUCUCCCCAAUGUCUCCUUCUUAGCAGCUACCCUUCCAGCUCUGUCCCCUCCUCCUGACCAAGCACAUCCUCUCUGCUCUUCUCUCCUUCCCCAAGCAUCCAGUCCCCGGGGAUCUUAGUUUAGUGGCAGAGAGCAGGGUUUAUUGCAAUGGUUCAGCUGAAGGUGUGAUUUCCUUUGAAGAGCGUAACACUUGUGGCCCUUGGGUCUAGGGUAGGAACUCAAAGCUGUUGAGCAGGUUACAUCUCUGGGAGAUUGUUCUUUAUUUUUCCGGAGCAAGAUUAGUUUAGGACGUUACUAUGUCCUGACACAAAGGAAAUGUCUUCUGAGAACCAUCGCAACAGACCGAGAACAGGACCACCUGAAUUAGGUAGGAGUGUUCAUAGCAGCUUAAUACCCCAGGUGAGAACCUGGGGAAACCAGAUUCUUUCUUUGGGAGAACUUGAGGGAGGGUAGGGGGAGGGAGGGCACUGGGGGAAGGAAGAGGGGAGAGAGGUGCUUGCCUGCUGGCUUUGAUUUGUAAGGUCUCUCGCCAAAUUGUCUGGGCCUGGACCUUCUGAUUUGCACAGUGUUGUUAACUGACCUGGCACUUCCUCAAAAUGUAAUUUUGACCUCAGUCCUGCCAAGCAGCUGCAGGGUGAUGGUAUCCCAGCCUCCCAAAGCCUUGGAAGGCCAGAUGCCCUAUGUAAUCCAGACCUUGGCCCUUGAGCCCACAGGGACCCACUCUGAUGAGAUGCUUCCUCCUGAUUAGAGUGGGAACCUAUGGCAUUUCUCUCCCUUCCCUCUGCCCUUCCCAGUGCCAGGGCUCACCAGCCUGUCCGUGGGGCUCUUGGUUAUCUUGUGCCAUUCACGGCCAAAGUGAAGGAACCACAUUCCAGGUGGGUGCUGGCAGCUCUGAAGGUCAGGAUAGUGAAGGAAAAGCAAUAGCAAUAAACAUUUCAUAGACUCAUGGAACUGACGGGACCUUAGCAAUCAUCUCAUCCAUUCCCCUGUUUGAUAGAUGAGGAAGCUGAGGCUCAGAGAAGAUGAAAGAACUUCCCUAGAUCCUGCAGUAAAUUAGCAUUAAAUGCAGGCUUCCUACCUAGGGGCAUGUUAUCCACAAAAAUUUAACUAGGGAUGGAUUGGCUUGGUUUUGUAGAAAUUAAGUCAGCAGCACUCACACCCGGUGAACUCUGGAACAGUCUCUGGGCUCUUGUUUCUGCUCUUUUUCUCCAUCAAUUCCAAAGCGGGGUUAAAGACUGGGCAGAGGUCACAUGGGGGCAAAUGGCAGGAACAGAAAUUGCAAAUGAAGAAAUAGCAUUUGGAAAUUCUGUGAAGACAUCUAGAACUUUCGUUCUAUACCUGACUCCAGCCCUAGGAGAAGGAGAAAGCGGGCUGGCUGAAAAGGAGGAUCUAUGCUUUUAGGACAAAAGCCCCUCCUCCUGAAAAGAGAAGGGGACAAGGAUGAGGCCCAGGAGGCAUGGGAGAAGAGGAACCCCCAAGUCAGGAGUCCAGGCUAGUCUCAGCCAGGAGCCCAGGUUGCCCAGCAUUGUCCCCUGCACCCAGCUUUUGGCUGAGCCAGCAGCUCCUGUGGGGGUGGGGGUGCAGGAACAUUUUACUGUACAAAAUGGGAUCAUUGAUAACAUUUGGGACUUUUAAACAACCCUUUUCAUUUUAAAUUCACAUGCACUUGGACAUACCCUUACCCCUACCUCCCAUGUCUCCCUUAAAGGAGGAAGAAAUCAGGAAACUCUUGAGCCAGAAGGACCUCAGAGGUUGUCUGGCAUUCCCAGGAGGGCAAAGCCCAUCAGCAUCCAACCCAGAGCCAGGAGUUGGGGGACCCACCUUCUUGGCUUUCCAGGGAACUGCAGGACCAGUAAGGAGAAACCUAGCUGUUCUAAAUGGUCUGUUCUAGAGUGCUGAUGGGGUUUCAUUUUAAAACAACAAAGUUUUCCAGUGUUAACCCAUUUUUUGCAGAUACCUCCUCCUGCUCUCUGGUUUUGUAAGGGUGGGUGAAGGUUGUUCUAGAUUAUGUCAUAUGUGUGUGGAAAAUGCCAAAAUAAUACUAAUGAUAAUAAUAGGAAA